UGGCGUCCCAUCAGGCCUGGCGGCGGGGCCGGACGGAGCCGGACGGAGACGGCGCCUGCCGCCGCCGGCCGGGCCAUCAGGUACGGUAGUCAUGCUGCUCUCGUGCUCUCGUGUGGCCGGCAGGCUGGGCCGCUCCCAGCCGCCGCCAAAUGCUCGCUCUGUGUCCAUUGGAGUGCUCGGCGCCGCCUUCGAUAAGGGUCAGACCCGCAGCGGCGCCAGUCUGGGCCCGGGCGCGGUACGUCAGACGGGCGUGCUGCAGGACCUCACCGCGCUGGGUCACACCGUGAGGGACCUCGGUGAUCUCCGACUGCAGGAGGCGGUGCCCGCCGAGUACAGGGCAGAGGAUGGACGCGCCAGGAUGAAAAACGCCACCAGCGUGGGACGGUUCAACCAGCAGUUGUCUGAGCGGGUGUCAUCAGCGCUGGGCCAGCACGACGUGGUGGUGACACUGGGCGGCGACCACAGCAUCGCCAUCGGCACCAUCCACGGCCACGGGCAGACGGUGCGACACGACAAGCUGGCCGUGCUGUGGGUGGACGCGCACGCUGACAUCAAUACACCUCUGACCUCCGACUCGGGUAACUUCCACGGUAAACCUCUAUCGUUCCUGAUGCGUGGCAUGGAGGCCUUCCACCUGGACCUGCCCGACCUGCGCUGGUGCAAGCCGUGCCUGCACCCCUCCAAACUAGUCUACAUCGGACUGAGGGCCGUCGACCCGCUGGAGAGGGUGGCCAUCCAGGAGUUCGGCAUCCGCGCAUACGCCAUGAGGGAGAUCGACAGACUUGGAAUCGAUAAGGUGGUUGAGAUGGCGUUGGACCAGCUGGGUGCCGGAGUGGGCGCCGACUCGUCCCUGCACGUCAGCUUCGACGUGGACGCGCUGGACCCGUCCGAGGCGCCGUGCACCGGAACACCAGUGCGUGGCGGUCUGAGUCUGCGCGAGGGUCAGACCGUGAUGGAGGAGGUCUGCAAGUGGGGCACGCUGCGCUCCAUGGACGUGGUCGAGGUGAACCCGCAGCUGGGAACUCCGCAGCAGGCGCAGUACACGGCCGACGCGGCGCGGCACCUGCUACUGGCUACAUUCGGGAGGUACCGCGGAGGUAACGCGCCGGAGGGCUCUCAGCUGCCGCGGCCCGAGAUCAAACCCGACCCGCGCACACACCCGCACUGAGGAGGGAGGUGAUGGGGGCGGUGGAAUGGAUGGAGUGUCAGCGUGGGUCAGGGGGAGGGACAGAAGCGACUGAGAUGGCACACGGGAUAGAGGUGAGGAGAGAUAACUGGAUGCCGGUACGAAGUGCCAGGGGAAGAUAUUUCGGAGUCCCUGCUGUCAGGGAGAAAAGAGGCUUUGGCGAAUCUGCCAAACUCAAACCCGGUAGCCUGAGCUUAAGUGACCACGACAUUAUUAUACGAAGCUUGCAAAGUACGGAGUAGCCACUAUCAUAUUUGCUGAGUGGUCGCAGUCACAUUGGCACACUAAAACGGCCACUAUCGGCAACGGGUUUCUGGACUUCUCGUCAAGCGUAAAUGGUGCGCUAACUCCAGGGAGACCAUGUUUAGAAGAAAUAGUGAAACUGAAAUGUUAUGCAUUGUUUCGCAAGUGAUCCAGUUCGCUUGCUCUUGUGGAAAAAGGGAGUUCCUUUUAUUGAAAACGAUAAUACUCAACAUAAAGCAGGUAGCUUUAUAGGUGGAGGGAAGGAAAGCGGCUUGAGCCAGGAAACAUUCGACGAUUGACCGAUACAUUCCUGUAUUUUGAACAAAACGUGUAAAUACAAAUUCGCAUGAAGAAA